AUGGCUAGCAAAGGAGGAGCGUACGGCUCUCGCGCCAAUGACACCGACUUCCGCAAGAAAUGGGACAAGGAGGAGUACACGGAGAAGGCCCGCCAGCGAGACCAGGAGGAGAAGGAGCGUAUGCAGGAGAAUGAGGAGCGGCUCAAGCAGGGCAAGAAACCGCGCAAGGGCAAGCGGGACGACCUGCCCAGGCCUACCGAGCUCAUGAAGCGUCGGGAGGGCUCGCUCGAGCUGGAGAAGAACCUGAAUAAGACCAUGGUCGUGCAGAAUGCCGGCACGCGUGGCCCGGGAGUUCCUGGCUUCUACUGUGAGGCAUGCAAUCGUACAUACAAGGACAGCACAGGCUACCUGGACCAUCUCAAUGGUCGUGCACAUUUGCGCGCUCUGGGUCAGACAACACGCAUUGAACGGUCGACAGUCGAGCAAGUCCGCGCGCGUAUUGCCUACUUGCGGGAGAAGACCAAGGAGGCGUCGUCCGCGAAGUCCUUUGACUUCGAAAAGAGAUUGACUGAGGUUCGCGAACGCGAAGCCGCCCUACGAGCAGAGAAGAAAGCGGCCAAGAAGGCGCUGCGGGAGAGAGCACGCGUGGAACUUGUCAAGGAUGCGACCGGCGACGAAAGCGGGAUGAUGCAAAUGAUGGGCUUCAGCGGGUUCGGCACGUCCAAGAAAUGA